GGAAACGACCGGCCGGCUCCGGAACUCGCCUUUCCCUUCCCCGUGGCGGUGGUGCAGCAGCUUCUAGCCUAGCCUGCCUGGUAACCGGCUGCAACGCUCGAGGCCCCGCCCCGCGGGAGAUCCUGCCCGGCGCCCUUCCUUGCUCUUCCCCCACGCCUUCCACGUGCUAACGCGCAGCUCUCCGCCUGGUUCUCCAUAGGGUGCAGACGGAGCGGACGCCGGCUGGAGCGCCGGGCUGUCUUUUGAUCUGAUUUGAUUGCACCUAUCCGAGGAAGUCUGUCUGUGUUGGGAUCAGGUAGAUCCUUUUUCGGGCUUGGUUUCCUGCCUUCUCUCCCUCUCCCCCACCCUCCCGGCUUUCACGCUUGAUCCGUGAAGGAGGCAGGGAGGCUCUGGGCGCAGCAAAGGAUGUGGCUGUCAUCCCCGGCUAGACACCGAAGCCCGUGAAGAAGUGAGAAGCGAGGAAGGAAGGAAAACUGGGAGAGGAGGAGCCCUCACGGGAGCAACCAGCCAACAUGUCUCUCAAGAAAGAAGGCGUGCAGAAGAAAUGGGCUGCCUUGAAGGAGAAGUUGGGUUCUCAGGACUCCGAUCAAACAGAAGCCAACCUGGAAAAUGCAGAACCAGAGCUAUGCAUCCGCCUCUUGCAAAUCCCUUCCGUGGUGAACUACUCGGGGCUCAAGAAGCGGCUGGAGAGCAGCGAUGAUGGCUGGAUGGUCCAGUUCCUGGAGCUAUGUGGACUAGAUCUUCUGCUAGAAGCCCUGGACAGGCUCUCCGGGAGGGGAGUCUCCAGGAUUGCCGAUGCCCUGCUGCAGCUGACUUGCAUUAACUGCGUGCGAGCGGUAAUGAACUCUCAGAAAGGCAUUGAAUACAUUGUGAACAAUGAAGGCUACGUCAGAAAACUCUCCCAAGCUCUCGACACCUCAAACGUCAUGGUCAAGAAGCAAGUGUUUGAGCUCCUGGCUGCUCUCUGCAUUUAUUCAGUGGAUGGACAUGCCCUGGCUUUGGAUGCUCUGGAUCAUUACAAGACUGUGAAAAGCCAACAGUACCGGUUCAGUGUCAUCAUGAACGAGCUCUCGGCAACAGACAACGUGCCAUACAUGAUAACACUCCUGAGCGCCAUUAACGCAGUCAUAUUGGGGACGGAAGAACUGAGAGCUAGGAUGCAGCUCCGGAACGAGUUCAUCGGUCUCCAGUUGUUGGAUAUUUUAACCAAGCUGCGAGAUAUAGAGGAUGAGGACUUGCUUAUCCAGUGUGAGACAUUUGAGGAGGCCAAGUCUGAAGAUGAUGAGGAGUUGCUCAGGUUAUGUGACGGGAUUGACAUGAGCAAUCAUCAAGAGGUGUUCUCUUCUCUAUUUAACAAAGUGAGCAGUUUUCCAGUCUCCACCCAGCUGUUGUCCAUUCUCCAGAGCCUCUUGUACCUUGAACCUUCCCAUCACUCCAGCCUGCUGCUGUGGGAAUCCUUGGAAAUCUUAGUAAGCAGAGCCAUCUUGCUUGCCAAUGACAUACAAGGCAACAGCGUGGAAGAAGUCAUGGAGAGACUCUUAUCCAUCAAGAAGCGCCCAAAGAAAAGAAAUUCGGACUCCAGGCGAGCAGCCAACAAAGUGAAUGAGGGCACUCAGACCAAUGAAGAUUUAGGGGAGCUUUCAAGGGCCAGGCAGAGCUCUUCUUCGACAACUUGCUCUUCUGUCGUCUCGCCUAGCCCAGAGUCACCAAAUGUGCUGGGAAACAUUACACCAUCCCAGCUGCUGCCCUGCUCAGCUUUGCCUGGGCAAAGCUCAGCUCCAUCUAGUGUUCUUCCACUGCCACCUCCUCCCCCUCCACUCCCUGAAACACCAGGCAUGUCAUCACAACAGCCACCACCACCUCUGCCUGGCAUGAUAAGAAUGCCACCUCAGGUUCCCCCUCUGCCUGGUAUGGCUGGGGCACCUCCCCCUCCACCCCCUCUGCCUGGUAUUAAGGGGAUCCCGCCCCCUCCGCCCCCUCUGCCUGGUAUGACAGGGAUCCCUCCCCCUCCGCCCCCUCUGCCUGGUAUGGCUGGGACACCUCCCCCUCCGCCCCCUCUGCCUGGUAUUAAGGGGAUCCCUCCUCCUCCACCCCCUCUGCCUGGUAUGACAGGGAUCCCUCCCCCUCCGCCCCCUCUGCCUGGUAUGACAGGGAUCCCUCCCCCUCCACCCCCUAUGCCUGGUAUGACGGGGAUCCCUCCCCCUCUGCCUGGUAUGGGAGGUAUGCCACCCCCUCCUCCCCCCCUGCCUGGCAUCGGAGGCGUGCCACCACCUCCACCCCUAGGAGGCAAUGAGGAGGAAGUCGUGGUUGCACAUGUUGACUUCUCUCUGGGGUGUGGCCGGCCCUUCCACAAGCGGGUGAAGCCUCCAACGCUAAGGAUGAAGAAACUGAAUUGGCAAAAGCUGCCCUCCAAUGUGGUGAGAGAGGGGCAUUCCAUGUGGGCUUCAGUGACCAGCAGCAGCGAGGAGACCAUUGAGCCGGACUAUACCAGCAUAGAGCAAUUGUUUUGCUUCCCACAAACAAAGCCCAAGGAAAAACAGGCAGCCCCAGUGAAGAUGGAACCAAAAGAGAUCACAUUUCUGGAUUCCAAGAAGAGUCUCAAUCUGAACAUCUUUUUGAAGCAAUUUAAGUGCCCGAAUGAGAAGGUGGUUGACAUGAUCCAAAAAGGCGAUCGAACAAAGUUUGAUGUGGAGGUUCUCAAGCAACUGCUUAAACUCCUACCAGAAAAGCAUGAAAUAGAAAACUUGAAAUCCUUUAAAGAAGAAAAGGACAAAUUAGCAAAUGCAGAUCAGUUCUAUCUUCUGCUCCUCGGGGUUCCUAGCUACCAGCUGCGGAUCGAGUGCAUGCUGAUGUGCGAAGAGACUGCCGUUCUGCUGGAGAUGCUGCAGCCAAAAGCAGAAACGAUCAGGAGAUCCUUUGAAGAUCUCCUCAUGAGCCACCGGUUGCCAAUUUUCUGUCAGUUGAUCCUGAAAGUUGGAAAUUUCUUGAACUAUGGAAGUCACACGGGAGAUGCUGACGGCUUUAAAAUCGGCACUUUGCUCAAACUGACAGAAACGAAAGCAAACCAGACUCGUAUUACUCUGCUCCAUCAUAUUUUGGAGGAAGUGGAAAAAAAUCACACAGAUUUGCUGCAGCUUCCCAAAGACCUUGAAUGUGUUUCAAAGGCAGCUGGGAUCAACCUCGAUGUGAUACGAUCUGAAUCCAGUUCCAAUCUGAAAAAACUGCUGGAUCUCGAACGGAAGUUAUCGUCGUCAACAGAAGAUGUGAGAGCCCAGUAUGGGAAACCUAUUCAGGAGAGCAUAAGCACGAACAAGAAGUUGGAGGCAGAGUUUGAAAUCAUUGAAACAAAGAGAGUGGCCCUUGCCAACUACCUCUGUGAGGACCCAAACAAAUUCUCUCUGGAAGAGAUGUUUAACACCAUGAAAACCUUCCGGGACCUCUUCAUCAAAUCAUUAAAGGAAAACAAGGACCGAAAGGAGCAAGUGGCAAAAGCUGAGAAAAGGAAAAAGCAGUUGGAGGAGGAAGAGGCGAAGAGGCAGAAAGGAGAAAAUGGAAAGAUCAUUAAGAAAGGAGCCGUGAAGCAAGAGGAGGUGUGUGUUAUCGACGCUUUGCUGGCCGAUAUCAGGAAGGGGUUCCAGCUGCGGAAAACCGCCAGGAACAAGGCUGACCCAGACACGCCUGCCAAAGUUUUGCCCGGUCAAGCUCAGAAAGGGAAAGAAAUGGGCCAAACUGUUCAGUCUGUCAAAGACCCAGUAAAGGAGGAGGGGAAGGGUGUGAUUAAGAGGAAUAACCUCCAAGGCCAGCUAGAAAACACAGCUCCUUCAGAAGCAGCUAUCACAAGUGAGACACACAAGGCUGCCACUGACUCCGUGGUUUCCCACAAGUCCGUGGCUGACGCUGGAAAUGGGCCACAUUCUCCAACUGAGCCUAAUACUGAAAAUAAUCCCCAAGGCCUUGUAAAAAACACAACUCCUUCAGAAGCGGCUAUCACAAGUGAGACACACAAGGCUGCCACUGACUCCGUGGUUUCCCACAAGUCCGUGGCUGACGCUGGAAAUGGACCACGUUCUCCAACUGAGCCUAACACUGAAAAUAAUCCCCAAGGCCUUGUAAAAAACACAACUCCUUCAGAAGCGGCUAUCACAAGUGAGACACACAAGGCUGCCACUGACUCCCUGGUUUCCCACGAAUCCGUGGCUGGUGCUGGAAAUGGACCAUGUUCUCCAAUCCAGCCUAGUACUGAGAACUCCUUAAAUUCAUCGGUGUCGGCGGGGGGUGGAGAACCCCAAAAUGUCACAAACCUGCAAGAGGGGACCGGCUUCCAUAGCGUCCAGGACAGCGUUGGUUACAGUGGCUUAGUGUUCUCUCAGUCAACCUCUUUCAUCAAGUUUGGGAUGAAAAGCGAAGGUGGGCCUGUCGACUCUGGAGACCCAGCUGGCGGAAUCGAACCUGUUUCUUCGCAGAACUGCUUAAGUUCAAACAACCAGCUAAGCAGCGCUGUCAGGAAAGGCGAUGGAAGAGAGGACAGGCCUGGAAAUACUAAAGGCCUACCAACCCCAGAGGCAACGGGCCUUCAGACUCUGGUGCCAAUAGAGGCAAGAAAAGAAAAUGAAGCCCCUUCCUUAGACUCGUUGCUGGACAUCUCUCAGGAGAAAUCCUUCUCGGAAGAGCCAGUGACCGAUUCUUCAUGUUUGGCAACAGUCCCUUCGGAGCAGGCCCUUGCAGACAAGGAUGGUCAAAGAGGCUCAGCGAAGCGAAGAAAGAAAAAAAGGCACAGCAAGAGCCACUCAAUGGUUGACACUGAUUUGGUUGAUACUGGAGAUAAAAAAGCAAAAAGAGUUUGUGAGAUACAGUGAGGUGGUGCAACAAGACAGAAAAAAUAAAAAGCAUGUUCUUCAGUAACGUCAGCUAUAGAAGAUAGCCAUGGUAAUGGGGUAGUGUCUAUUUUUUUUCCUGGGGAGACGGUGGAUAUUUAAUAGAUAGCACCCAGAUGUGAGAGAUUUCCAAACGUAUGUGCCUUAUGCAAAGCUCUAGUUCUGUACAAAUUCCCUCCUGGUUUCACGCAGUUGAGACAGGUCUUUGGCCAGCCUUGUCUGGAUAAAUCACAGAUCAAAUUUUUGCAAAUGACAAAGAAGGUGUGGCCUAAGUGGUGCCUCUAGAACCCAAUGGCAGGGAUAAUUUAAGCUAACAAUGUCAACUUCUGAUCAGAAGUGCUCUCAUUAUUGACUAUAAAUGGACACUGACCAUUGAAAACGAUGUGGGACCAAGGUUUUGGAUUUUUUUUCCAGUGUUUAUUGUGACUGUGUUAUUUGAAAUGCAAAUGCUCUGUGAGCAGUGGAGGUUUGUUCCUGCAAAGACCUACACUCCUCUUCUGAUCAUAUUCUGAUCAAAUUUGGCAAUGUUAUAAGGCCUCGCCAGAUUCAAGUAAGCAAGCCGUACUACAGACUGCAGCAGAAGGCAAAAGAGAAAUCCCCUAGGAUCUUUUUUCCCCCAAAGCUUAACUCUUUCAAAAUUGUAAAUGUACCAAAUAGUAUGGAGAUCUCAUUUUAAGAUAAUGUCACUGAAAGACCUUGCCUUGGAGGUCUUAGAGAACAGUCAGGAAGCUAGACAAGAACCUCAUUCGCUGUUAAACAAAAAAAGAACAGCAAGAGGAAAUCCCUGACUCCACCCAGACAACAACUAUGUCAAGUGCCACCUAGUGGCUGAACAAUAUAUUGUUCGCACAAUACAUUAUCCGCACAGACAUAUUCUGAUACAAUUGUCUCCUAGUAUUUAAGCACCAGCCAGUUCAUCUGCUGUGUCAAGGAUGAACCAUUGGCACCUGUCGGAGGCAAGCAGGGAGUCAGAGCCCAGGAAUGCUGAAAAGCACUUCAUAGCCAGGAAGAUCUUGAUGUUCAAUCAAGGUCUCAGGCCAAACAGGAAACCUUUUAUAGACCUUUUCUGUCCACCCUGUGUGGGCAGGACCAGCCCAGAAUCUAAUAAUACUUCACUGUCAAGACGUUGUUCUAAUCUGUGGCUUCGAUAGCUUUCAGCUCCACAGGACUGCUGCACAGAGACCCAGUACUAGCUCCAGCAGGUCCCGACAUAGUGUUCCAUUAGCCAUGAUGGCUACUAGCCAUGAAGGCAAUGUUCUACCCCCACUGUCAGAGGCAGUAUGCUUUUGAAUACCAGUUGCCAGUUGGGUGCUGUGAGAACAGGAUGCUUGACUGGAUGGGGCAUUAGCCUGAUCUAGCAGGGCUCUUCUUAUGUUCCAGUUACUUUGAACAAAAAACCUGGUCUACCCUUGCCUUUGAAAGAGGUUCUAAGGUGACACUGCAGGAUGGGGUGACAUUUUUGGAUGCUACUUUACAUUUCUUUAAAAUUCCUGGAAGCCCAGACUGAGCUAAAGCCCUUUUCUCCUGGGGGUGAUAUUUUUGAAUGCUGCUUUGUAUUAAAAGAAAAGAAAAAGAAAUCCCUGAGGUAGAAAAUUAGCACAGCAGGUUAAGCCAAAGUCCUUUUCCCCUGAGAAGCUAGUUGUUUUACACUGGGGAGCAUUCAAAAAUAUGAUCCCUGCCCUCAGCCUCAAGUGGUGUAGUCCAUUCUUCCCUCCUCAAUAUGUUACAGUCUUGACUGUGAGGAUAUCACAACUCUUUUCCUGUCCUUAGUGACACUAAUAUUUAAUAUUUUUCUGCCAAGUAACUCUCCUUACAACUCUGUGUGUCUUUGCAAGAACAGCAUCUGCCAAAGUUCUCAGAUGAUUAACUCCAACAGUUUUUCACUCAAAAUCUUAUUUCUGUGACAAACCUCUGGAAUCAAAAUUGCUUCGUUUCAGGCCUGUUGUUGUUUUUCACUUCCUGAAUUCAAGGGAUGCUGUCGAGGCUAUAUAACAUUAAUGGACUUAAAUCAUUUGGGCGUUAAUCAUCGGAACCUGCUAUAGCCGAUCAUCAUAACUGAGUUAUUCUGUUGUUUAUCAUUAAUGUUGGGAACCCCAUGGAUUUGUACAUAGCUGCCAUCUUCUGUAUAUUUCCCCAGAUGAUGUUGAAAUAUUAUGAUGAACGCAUAGAAAUAAUUUUAUAAGCUCAACUUAGUAACAAUAUUAAUUGGACAAAUUCAUGUUAAAGACAUAAGAGAGGCUAGACAUUCUGCUGAACUGAGAUGAAUGUUGUAUUUUGGAGGGUUUUUUUGGGGGGGGUUGCUUGAAACUGACUUUGAGAACAGCACAAAUUGUUGACAAAAGGUGGUCACAGGGUUUUUUUUAAAGUCACAAGAACAUUAAGGGCACAUCAGAAAUGGUAGUAUAUGUGUAAUAUUUGAGUUGGUUUUGUGUGCAAAUAGCCAGAUGACGCUCGGUGUUAUCUCCCUGUGAUCAACCACCUAAGCAGAAUACUAGAAAGGGAGACAGGGCUGGAUCUUGAGCAAAAAGAGAGAAUUUUCAGGGAAAUAGCAGAACACUAGACCAAACUCAUGGGCCAAAAAGAUGCACAGACUAGGGGGAUUAUGGGACAGGAACAUAGCUCAGUGGUAGAGCAUCUGCCUUGCAUGCAGAAGGUCCCAGGUUCAAUCCCAGCAUCUCCAGAUAGGACUGGGAAUGUCCCGUCUGGAACCCUGGAGAGCUUCCGUCAAUCAGUGUGGACAAUACUGAGCUAGAUGGACCAAUGGUCUGACUUGGCAUAAGGGAGCUUCCUAUCUUCCCAUCCUGAUGGAUGGCACAGCUCCUGGCAGAUGGUGGGUUUCCAGCUGACAAGAUGCAAAGAGGAAUGGGCUCCUGUACCUUUAGUAACUGUGCAGAACAGACUGCAGCUGCAGCCAACCAUCCCUGCAUGUCAAGUUGCACCUGCCAAAUUUCCCAUUUCUGUACAGUAUUACUGCCCAACAACAACCCAGUACAAAAGAAGCAGGAAUUCAAUGGGACUUGCGUAGAAAGCCUUGGGUCUUAAGGAUAAGGACACCCAUUCCUAGCUCUGGAUGGAUUAAUGAUGACUCUAUAACAUAAUGUCUCCAACUUUAUGCCUAUGUAUACUACAUGAGUGCAAUAAAC